AUGUAUUUUCCAACAUCGUGUUGCACCCUUCCCCCAGUGGAGUCGAAUUACACCCCCACAGGUUCUAACGUCCAACUGGAAGAUUUCUCAGUGUAUGAGACUGGAGAUACCAAAAGCUACAAGUUGCUAAUUUGUUUAUACGACAUUUUUGGAUUCCACCCAGUCACGAAGCAAUUCUGCGACAAGUUGAGCUCCUCUGGCUUUCGAGUAGUUAUGCCAGAUUUUUUUAGAGGAAAACCAUUUCCUUCUGAAACCUAUCCACCAAAAGACCGGCAAGUCCUCGUGGAUUUUGUGACGACGAGUGGCUCCUGGGAGAAAGUCGUGAAAGGCGACCUUUGCAAACUUUUCGAGCAUUACAGGGGGCAAGGGGUAGGACAAAUUGGAAUGUUUGGGUUUUGUUGGGGUGCUCUGAUGUGCGUCUCGGCUUCCUGUGAAUAUUCCAGUGACAUCAAAGCAAUCGCAUUGAUACAUCCAUCGCUUGUUAAGGACGAAGAUGGGGACCGAGUCAUGACUCCGGUCCUUGUUCUCCCCGCUAGCGGUGAUGCUGACAUGGUUCCCUUUUAUGAAAAAGUGAAAGCAAGAUUUGGUGAGGAUGGGAGUGGUCAUCACCGCUUUGUGGACGUGCCGCAUGGGUUUUGUGCCGCUCGUGGAAACAUGGAGGAUGAGUUGAACAGGAAACGUGUUGAUGAAGCUUUGACUCUGACUCAUAAAUUCUUCAGCAAACAGUUGAAAUAA